ACACACACGGCGACAAUGACUCUGCGGCUUCCGAUGUCGACCUGCCGGAUUUGAAGGACACAUCACAGCCAAUUGGCAUUUCGAGUUCGGCCAUAUCGACCUGGUUUUUUACAAGACGCAGCCAUUCCUCUCCUCUCCGGAUAACCCACUCGACCUUAUUUUCAUACCACAACCUUGGUAACCACAGACACUUACCAUGUCGUCCGCCUCCCCGAGAAUCGGCACCGGUAUCGAUGGCCUGCAGCCGAUCAACAUCAAGCCGUUGCUCAUGAAGCUCUGGCCAACCACAAACACAGUAACAGCGGACGAGAUCGCAGAUGCCAUUUCCCAUUUCUUUACCAACCAGGUAUCUGAGGCCCAGACUGCCUCGCUGUUAAUGGCCCUGCAUUUCACACAAUUGGACUUUGAUCCCACCGUCCUCGCCAAAUGUGCCGCAGCCAUGCUCAAGGUCGCCGCACCUAUUCCAGUCAAGGAACUCCAGGAAGUCAUUGCGACGAGAGGUCGCCCAGAGGGAAGCUACAAAGGUGGACUUUGUGACAUUGUCGGAACCGGUGGCGAUGGACACGAUACAUUCAACAUUAGCACAACAUCAUCAAUCCUUGCAUCUGCUCUUAUCAUGGUCUCCAAGCACGGUAACAAGGCAAGCACGUCGAAAUCUGGCAGCGCCGACAUGGUCGCCGUAAUGAAGCCUCAAGCGCCCGUCAUUGCUGCUGUUCGACCCGAUACCCUUGUCCGCGUGUACUCCGCCACAAACUACAGCUUUGUAUUUGCGCCCGUUUUCCACUCUGGUAUGCGCUUUGUUGCACCGAUCCGCAAACAAUUGCCCUGGAGAACAAUCUUUAACAAUGUUGGCCCGCUAGCCAACCCUGUUGAGGACGUCCUAGAGGCCCGUGUGAUUGGUGUUGGUAGAAAGGAUCUUGGCCCUGCAUUUGCUGAGGCUCUUAGACAGGCAGGAUGCCGCAAGGCUAUGAUUGUUUGCGGUGAUGAAGAUUUGGACGAGCUCAGCUGUGCUGGCAACUCGCACUGCUGGAUGCUCAAGGAAAAGACACCCGGAGGCGAAAUCUACGUCGACUAUUUCCUGGUAAACCCCAACGACUUUGGCUUAAAGACACACCCACUCAACACAGUAUCGUCUGGCAAAGGUCCGGAGGAAAACGCUGCUAUCCUCAGCCAGAUUCUGCAAGGGCAGCUUGCCGAGGAUGAUCCUUUGAUCGAGUUCAUCCUCAUCAACACUGCCGCUCUUUUCGUCAUUUCUGGUAUCUGCGACGCUGACUCUAGCAACAUGGGCGCUGGCGAUGACGGUCAAGUCAUCACUGAGCGCGGUCCAGGUGGCCAGCGCUGGAAGGAGGGUGUUAGACGGGCCAGAUGGGCAAUCAAGAGUGGCGAGGCUUGGAAGCAGUGGGGAGCGUUUGUCCAAGUCACAAACGAGAUUGUCGACGAAGAAAAACAGUAAAUAUAUACCAAUAUGUACAGGGAGACAAAUAGGAAGAAGGAAAAGGGAGGAAGAUCAUCGGGAAUGACAUCCUCGCCGGGUAUAUAAAGAUUCAUUACGCUAAAAAAACAAAAGGAGUAAUAAUAAACGCCAUAAUGUAUGCCCUGUGCGCGCUUUAUAGACAAAUUCCACAAAAUUCCAUCCAGUGACCCUGCGUAUUUACAUGUCUGGUCUCAUAUUCUUCUUUUCACCAACCAUACGGUCACUGCUCAGCAUGGAUUGCCGGGUGUGAGGUUGAUGAAAGGCCGGCAUACAUACCAGCUUCGAGCUCUUUCCAGUCACUUCUCAGCGUACCGUUGCUAGAAGUACGGGUGAGGGCUCGAGUGGGAGGUCUCAAGUCAAAAGCCGGAGAAGCAGACCGAGAUGCCAAGCUCUUUUGGAUGAUGUGGCGGCGUUGAUGCUCCAGAACCCAAUCUGGAUUCUUUUCUAGAUCCAGCGAGUUGAAGGAAGACAUUGUAGAAACACUGUUAUUGCGACGGUGUGGUGAUGUGGCGACUUUCUUCUUUUGAAUAUUUUCUUGUCGUAGUGAGAAGAGCCCAGCGAUGACCACACCAAUGACCACAACAAAUAUCACAACGGUCACUAUAAUGAUGGACGGUUCGAUGCGGGUGGUAGUGGUGGUAGUGGUGGUGUUGACCGGGGCUGGCUCAACUCGAGUCUCGGCAAAGUUCAUGUUGAUUCUUAUGAUAGAAGACGAGAGAAUAUAUGGUAGAAAAUAGUGAAAUGGACGUGCUUUUGGGGGAGGGUUUGCUCCUGGUUUAUGUGUAAGUGCGUGAAGGUGGGGAUAUGCGCAGCUGAAGUGGUGGCUUUACAUGAAACGAG